AUGGGGUCUGAAAAUGGAAGCUUGAUGAUAAGAAACGAAGACGAGAACGUAGCUUUGAUCUUCGGAGUCACCGGACUCGUGGGUCGUGAGAUUGUAAAGACGCUAUUAACGUCGAAACUCAAAUGGAGAAUCUACGGUGUUGCAAGAAAUCCUGAGAUCAAUCCCAUGACGAAGACCAUGUACAGGUUCAUCUCUUGCGAUCUGCUUAACGAAUCUGAGACCAGAGAAAAACUGUCUGCAUUACAAGACAUCGUGAGUCACGUGUUCUGGGUCACGUGGUCUGGUGAGUAUCCAUUGGACAGCGACGAGUGUUGUGUCCAGAACAAGACGAUGCUGGAAAACGCUUUGGACGCGAUUCUCCCAAACGCUAAAAGGUUAAAGCAUUUCUCGCUACAAACGGGGAUGAAGCAUUACGUGUCUUUGGUCGGAGAGACUCUGUCUCGAGGAGAAGCUUCUAGUUAUUACAGUGAGGAGUGUCCGAGGAAGAGCUCUGGGAGGAAUUUCUAUUACGUUUUGGAGGAUUUGUUGAAGGAGAAGAUCUCUGGUAAUGGGGUUGUUUGGUCGGUUCAGAGACCUGGUUUGCUAAUGGGAAGCUCAACAAGAACUCUGUAUAAUUUCAUGGGAAGUCUUUGUGUUUAUGGAGCGAUAUGUAAGUAUAUGAAACUUCCUUUUGUGUUUGGUGGAACAAGAGAAUGUUGGGAAGAGAGGUACAUUGAUGGUUCUGAUUCGAAUCUAGUCGCGGAACAGCAUAUUUUCGCUGCGACUAGUGGGAGAGUACGCGAUAAAGGUGAAGCCUUUAACGCCAUUAAUGGUGUAGGGUUUACUUGGAAGGAGAUUUGGCCGGAUAUCGGGAGGAAACUUGGGGUGCAAGUUAACGAAACGACGAUGUUUGAUGAGGGUUUCUCGUUCGAGAGAGAGAUGGGUGAGAAAAAGCAUGUGUGGGAUGAGAUUUUGGUGGAGGAGAAGCUAGUUCGGACAGAGGUUGAGGAUUUGGCGAAUUGGGUUUUCUUGGAUGCGUUGUUUAGAUGUCCGGUUAAGCUUCUUGGGAGCAGAGAGAAAGUAGAUAGGUUUGGGUUUAAGAGGAAAUAUAGAACCCUAGAUUCCAUUUUGUAUUGGAUUGAUGUGAUGAGAGAUGAAAAACUCAUUCCUUUGUAA